AUGAAAAAGCGUAGUGGGGUUGACACAGAGCACCGUCCCUUCAAGUGCACACACUGCGACUGGGCUUUUAAGAAGUUGUGCAACCUGCAGAGUCACUUACAAACGCACAGUGGCCUCAAGCCACAUGUGUGCGAUAUAUGUGGCAAGUCUUACUCCCAUCAGGGCACGCUGCAGCAACACAAGCGUCUACACACUGGCGAAAGACCAUAUCACUGCCCCUUCUGUGUCAAGACCUAUAUCUGGUCUUCAGAUUACCGCAAGCAUAUCCGCACACAUACUGGUGAGAAGCCCUACGUCUGUGACACUUGUGGUAAGGAUUUCAUUCGCUCCUCUGACCUGAGGAAGCAUGAGCGGAACAUGCACACCAAUGACAAGCCCUUUCCAUGCACGCACUGUGGCAAGACCUUCAAUAAACCCCUCUCCCUGAAGCGUCACGAGCGUAAGCACCUGGGAGAGAGGCCCUUCUCCUGCCCCGACUGUGGGAAGGCGUUUGCUCUGCCCAGUCGCAUGGCAGAGCACCAGAAGAUCCACACAGGAGUGCGUCCGUAUGUCUGCUCGGUGUGCUCCAAGUGUUUCACAAAAUCCUCCAAUCUGGCCGAGCACGAGGCCAUUCACAGCGGAGCACGGCCCUAUAAGUGCACAGAGUGCGGCGUGGCCUUUGCCAUGGCUUCUCGCCUCGUUCGUCACCAGUAUGUCCACAAUAAAAAGAAACCCCACAGCUGCACGGGCUGCAGCAAGAACUUCAGCCACCUAGCAACACUGAAGCUACACCAGGAACAAACCUGUGCCGGGAGGAUCUUUGUCUGUGUGGAAUGUGACAAAUCUUUCCAGUGUGCUGCAAAGCUUGCGCAGCACAUGCUGAACCACAGGGACAAAAAUGUCUGA